GGGUGGCCAGCGCACACAGCAGGGACAGCUCAAAACACGGGUGGUCGGUGCACACAGCAGGGACAGUUCAGAACACGGGUGGUCGGUGCACACAGCGGGGACAGUUCAGAACACGGGUGGUCAGGUGCACACAGAGGGGACAGUUCAGAACACGGGUGGUCAGGUGCACACAGCGGGGACAGUUCAGAACACGGGUGGUCGGUGCACACAGCGGGGUCAGUUCAGAACACGGGUGGUCGGUGCACACAGCGGACACAGUUCAGGACACAGGUGGUCAGUGCGCACAACAGGGACAGUUCAGCACACUCGCGGGUAGUCCAGGCGUGUAGCAGAGCAGUGCACAACCCAGGUGGUCUGCGUGCACAAGAAGGCCAGCCCAGGACACGGGUGGCCAGCGCACACAGCAGGGACAGCUCAAAACACGGGUGGCCAGCGCACACAGCGGGGCCAGUUCAGAACACGGGUGGUCAGUGCACACACAGCGGCGCCAGUUCAGAACACGGGUGGUCGGUGCGCACAGCAGGGACAGUUCAGGACACAGGUGGUCAGUGCGCACAACAGGGACAGUUCAGGACACUCACGGUAAGCACCUUGCAGACCCUCAGCAGCAGGCGGCUCCAGACAGGGGCGACCAGCGGUUGGCGUUCCAGGGACAACCAGCGAUCAGCAGUAGCUCCCCGGGCACUCAGCAGC